CUCCUCCUUUUCUCCAAAGUCGUACGUAAUGGUAGAACGGAGAAUGAACUCUCUAGUGAAGUGGGCGCUCAUCCUCUUCGUCCUCGUUUCCAUCAUCCUGAACAUCAUCCUGAUCGGUAUCCACUCCAGCAAGGCACCCAAAUGUUCCACUCAGCGUGUCCACCCGCUGCGGGGCAAACACGACGAGCGCAGCCUCGUGUUCGCUGACCUCACUCGGGAGGAGUACUUGCAGGUCCAGCAGUACAUGCUCAAGCAGAAAGACUUGGACAUAUCCACCAACCAGCUGACCAAGCCAUCGGAAAAUUUCUUGUUUUUAAUAGACCUAUCCCUGCCCAAGAAAGCAGACGUGCUGGCUUACUUGGACGCGAAAGGUGCCAAGCCGGUUAGAGAGGCGACAGUGGUGGUCUUCUGCGGCGCAAAAGGCUACAUUAAGGAGUACGUAGUGUGGCCCCUUCCCAACCCAGCACACCACAGAGAUGUCACAAAGGAGAGGUACAACAUGGACCUGCCUAUUACUGCGCGCACUGUCACCGUCGGGGAAUACGCCUUGCUUUUCAAGUUUCUUGAGGUUGAGGUCUACUCCAAACUGAAGAAGCUCAUGAAAGAGAGCUUCGACGUGCGUGAUGACAAAACGCUGAGCGGGUUCGAGCAGAUGCCCCGUGGAGUCCAAUCGGGGGAUAGAAAGACCUGGGUGUCUUUCUUCAGGGAUAUGGAUGGCAUGUACAUCCACCCGGUGGGCUUUGAGGUGCUGGUGAACCAUGAGAGCGUGAACGCGUCCGACUGGAGAGUGGAGCGGCUGCUUUAUAACGGUCAAUACGUGGACACCGUAGAAGCACUUAAAGAGAAAUAUGACAAGGGGUCUAUUAAGAAAAUAGUUUACAAAGAGUCGCCUGACUACGGUUCACUGAAACCCAGACAGAAGCCUCUGCAGAUCGGCCCGCAGCAGUUUUACGCCGAGGGGAAGCGCUACAGCAUCAGCAAAAACCACGUCCUGUACCUGGACUGGAGCUUCGCCUUCGGACUCAGCUCUCUCACGGGCAUGAGGGUUUUUGAUGUGCGAUUCAAGGGUGAGAGGAUAGCCUACGAGCUGAGUGUGCAGGAGGCCAUGUCGGUGUACGGUUCAGUGACUCCAGGGAUGAUCCUGACCAAGUUUCUGGAUUCAAGCAUGGGGGUAGGGCGCUUUGCGCACGAACUGGCUCGCGGCGUGGACUGCCCAUACGAAGCCACGUACGUGGAUACAUACCGCUACAUCGAUGUCCCAGCCCCGGUCAGAUUUAGGAACUCAAUCUGCGUGUUUGAGCACAACAUGGGUCAGCCCCUACGGAGGCACUUCUCUGACUUUUUCCACAACAGUUACGGGGGGAUGGUGAACAGCGCCCUGGUGUUUAGGACCAUCACAGCGAUAGAAAACUAUGACUACAUGUGGGAUUUCAUCUUCUACCAGACCGGAUCAGUGGAGGCCAAGGUGCACGCCACCGGCUACAUCGCCUCUUCUUACCUGGUGGAUGGGAGCCUGAGGCACGGACACCAGGUGGCGGAGAAGGUGCUGGGAAACAUCCACACGCACUUCAUGAGUUUUAAAGUGGACCUGGAUGUGUUGGGGGUGAAGAACGUUUUCCAGACCAAAGACAUGGAAUAUGUCAACGUGUCGAUGCCAUGGAUGCCCGAUCACUACGCUAUGGUCCCUCAGCUAGUGGAGAAGCAACUCAAAACUGAACAGGAGGCCGCUCUGCGUUAUGACACCAAGAGUCCUCGCUAUCUCCACAUCGCCAGCCAAAAAACCAACCGCUGGGGUCACCAGCGCUCCUACAGGCUGCAGGUUUUCAGCUUUGUUGGGGACCACCUCCCAGAGAGCCAGGCCGAAGAGAGGGCCAUGUCCUGGGCCAGGUAUAAGGUUGCUAUCACCAAGCACAAGGACUUAGAGCAGACCAGCAGCAGUCUGUACAGUCAAAACAACAUCUGGACUCCGGCCAUCGACUUCAGCAAGUACAUUGAAGACAACGAAAGCAUCGAAGACGAGGACCUGGUUGCCUGGGUGACCACUGGACUCCUCCACAUCCCUCACUCUGAGGACAUCCCCAACACAGUAACAGUGGGCAACGGGGGUGGGGUCCUGCUGCGGCCCCACAAUUACUUUGAUGAGGACCCGUCCAUCCACUCUGCUGAUGGGGUUUACAUCAAUGUGGGUGCUGAGGACAGCUGUGAACACAACAGGAUGGCCUGCCUCGCUCAAGAGACCUGCAGCCCCGUGCUGGAGCCCUUCACUUUCCACGGCUUCGAUGGAGUCAUGAAGCUUGAAGACUGGACUGAAUGAUAGAGCACUGCUUAGGUAAUAGUUAAAGAGCCCUGGUGAACUCAGAGGUGAGCUUGGGGUCAUUUACUGAUUUAUCAAGAAGCUUGUGUCAAUCUUAGCAUGUGUAUGGAGGCAGCUUGGGACAACUAAGUUUUUGUGAGGCAGCUGCGGUAAACAAAAAGAAUGACGAUUUCAGUGAUACAAUCCUAAUCUUGAAAUCCACAUAGAAACAAAAUAUCUGAAAAUGUCAAAGUUGUACUCUUAAAAUUUAUCUCUCUGUUCUAUCACUGUUUGAAUAGUGUAUUGAAAGAAUCCUCACUAUCAGCAGUCAAAGCACAUAGAGACAAGUGCCGCACUACCUUCCUGAUGACAUUUCAUUUUCUGUACAAAUAACCAUCUUCUGCAAGUAGGAGGCUGUCAUCUGUCAUCAAUUCAGUCAUGUUUGUAAUGGCAAAGACACAAUUCUUUGUUUUUGCUCUUUGUUUUUGCUCUGUGUCUUUCUUGCUAAUGAGCCACUGUGAUAUAAACUGUGAUGUAAACAUUGUAAACUGACACUGUAUAGUCCGCUGUGUGUAAAUUUGUGCACUGACGAAUAUGAACCGUUCAGUUCAGAGCAGGAUCAUUCUCUAACGAGGCUCGAGGCUGGGGCUACUGAAUCUGACUGCUCUCUGAUUCAUUUUGUAGAUUUUUGGCUGGACCGCGACAAAGCGGGGCCAGCUCUGUGACCUCAAAAAUCUGUCCCUGACUGAGUGGUGACGUGACACCGGUGCUCUGAUGUCACUUUGCGACGCUGUCACUUUUGGUCUGUGCACACUUGCACUGUGUUGAGCAUAAACAAAGCUUUACAGUGAGGUGUGGACAGUCCUCAGUUAUGUCCUCAGGAGCACGUUGACCAUACACGGUUCAGCCAUAUACUGUCCUGUACUUGUUGCCUCUCAAAAUAAAAGAAGAGAUUUUUUGUUAAAGAAAGGGUCCAGAGAUCUGCUGCAUUUGGUCCUACUAGUGUGUGUUAUCUUUAUUUUAAAAAAAGACAACAGAGGGGAUAGUUUUUUUUCCACUUAUUAUCAGAAAGGCGGAGAUUGUCCAGUUUUGAGAGAAAAUGCACAUGGUGGGUAUGGAUAAAUUAAGUACAGUGUUUGCUCUAUUACACAGUAAUAAAUAUAUAUGUGUCACCGUAGAAAAAAAAAUGGAUAUUAAGAUGUUGCAAAAACACCACCUAGGGGAAUUUCACCCCCAGGAAAUUAAACCAUGGAACUAAUAAGUUAGCAAGGCUGCACAGCUAUCUUCUGUUGUGUUCACAUGUUUUUAUCUGCUUCCCCCAAGGGGCCAAGAAAAAGUUACUGCAGACUUGAAGGUCGCACACAGCCGGACAUAAAAACAUCUGUAUGUCAGUAUUCACAGUCAGAAUAGCUAAUUGCUAAUUGCACAUAAAAAUGUCACUGCAUUGCAAUCCUCUCUUUGUUGGAGCUGUGUCAAACCCUCUUCUGUUCUCCUGUAUCCCUCCCUCUCCGACAUGUUGGAGGGAAGUAUGAAAAAUCCUGUGGCUAUCAAACACAUCAGAAUGUGGGAGAGAAUGCUGGCUGCAAACUUAAUCUGACAAAAAGUUUCCCACCAGGCUAACAGGAAGCACGGCAGGUCAAGAGCAGGCCAAUUAGGGCUGCUUUCCUUUUCUGUGUGACCUGAGAGGAGCUGGAAAAAACAACAAUGGGGGUUUGUGUAUUGUUGGUCCUGCACGUCCAGUGUCACUGAUGGGAGAAGAGUCAUUCAGGGACAGGAGUGAAUAUUUAGCUUAAAAUACAAAACUCAUUUAUGACACCUAUCUUGCUAUGAGGAAUAUGGGUCCAUAUUUCACUGUUUGGCUUUAUCAGUCCCAGAAGACACCCACUGUUCCACCAGCUCUUCCUCCAGGUGUAUCUCACUGUCCAUCGACACAUGAAUAGUCAUGAGCCAAUUUGCUUGAAGCUGCUCAGGGUAAAAUUUUUCUUAAGUGCAUCAAAAUGCAAAGAAUUAUCAAAAAAAUUCUGCUGUUAACCCUAUAUAGAGCACUUGUUUUGUAGUGAAGUGAGCGUUGCAGCUCUGACUCUGUUACAUCCAAACUUUUCACCUUAACUUUCAGACAGCU